AGCAAGCAGCCGCAGGAGCAGAAAAGCAGCGGCGGGCGCAAGAACCUCGAAAAGCGGCAGCGCGCGCACGGAGCCGCUCUCCGCGCGCCAAGUGGGCGGGGGCCCCGUGACGAGAGUCCCUCCUUCGCGGCUCCCGCGGCCCCACCGGCAGGCGGUGCUUGGGCCGAGCGCGCCGGCGGGAUUUUAUUCGCGACCAGGGCGCUGCCGCGGCCGCUUCUCCCGACUCGCGCGGCCGCCUCGCUGGAUCCGCCGCUGCUGCCGUCUGCUGCUGCUGCCUCCGCCAGCGCUCGCUCUCCCGUUCCGCCGUGUUACUGCUGGUGGUGUGGGAUUCGCCUCUCAUUUUGCCUACCCAUCCCCUCCGCGCAGCUGACACCCAUCAUCGGCAUCGAUCGCCGAGCGUUCUUCUCUCCGCCCCGGACUUUCGCCGGACAGGCCUCGGUGUCGUCGUGUGCCGCGCGGUGCGCGUACGGAGACUGCGACGAGCGCAUCGUCGGCCCCGACGUUCGCUGUGCCGCGACGCAAGGGGGAAGCGCUGGAUACUUCGCCCCAAGGGGCGGCGUGCGUCUGCUUGUCUCCGGCGGCGGCAGCGUGAGCGGAGGCGCGGCGCCCAAGCCGCCAUGCCCGUGAUCAGCCCGGGCCCGGACGAGGCGGCGGCGCAGGCCCUGGCGCCACCCAAGCUGUGCGCGGGCUGCGGCGCGCCCAUCGCCGACCGCUUCUACCUGCUGGCCGUCGAGAGGCAGUGGCACACGCACUGCCUGCGCUGCUGCCACUGCAAGCAACAGCUGGACUCCGAGCUCACCUGCUUCGCGAGAGACGGGAACAUCUACUGCAAGGAGGACUACUACAGGCUGUUCGCCGUGAAGCGCUGCGCGCGCUGCCAGCAGGGCAUCUUCGCAUCGGAGCUAGUGAUGCGCGCCCGGGACCUGGUGUACCACCUCCACUGCUUCACGUGCGCCUGGUGCAAUGCGGCGCUGGCCCAGGGCGACCACUUUGGCCUGCGCGACAACCUCGUCUACUGCCGCACCCACUUCGAGCUGCUGGCCGAAGGGUGCCAGCCGGGCCUCCCUCCUCCUCCGCCCCCGCCGCUGCUUCAGGACGACGACGGAGGCGGCAACGGGGGCACCGCCGGGACCUGCAGCCCGCCGCUGGCGCCGGGAGCCCCGUACGCGCCUCCGCAGGGACCGUACGGCGUACGCAAGGGCCGGCCGCGCAAGCGCAAGCCCGGAGAACUGCCCGAGGGCCCGCCACACCUAGGGCUCCAAGACCUGGCCGGCCUGGACAGCAACGGCUCGUCCAUGCUGCAGCAGCAACAGCAGCAGCAACAGCGCACCAAACGAAUGCGUACUUCGUUCAAGCAUCACCAGCUGAGGACCAUGAAGUCGUAUUUCGCCAUCAAUCAGAAUCCCGAUGCCAAGGACCUCAAGCAGCUUGCCCAGAAGACGGGGCUCUCCAAGAGAGUUCUCCAGGUGUGGUUCCAGAACGCCCGGGCAAAGUGGCGGCGAAACAAUCUACGUCAGCAGGAGCAGCCCACAACUUCCCUUCCGGCAAGCAGUCCAGGAGGCACGAGCUCAUUUUCGGAACCCAGUCCCGGAGCUCCCCUGGACUACAGCAACGCUCAAACGACCCUCGUGGUGACAGCGUCGCAGGAGUCACUCGGAUCCUUCCAGGAGCUCUUUUGAUGGCACCGGGGCUAAAGUACCUAUUUAUUGACUGCAUCUGUCCUCAUCACGACAUCGUCACCUCGACCCACGCGCCGGCAGCAACAGCAGCGAAGAGACGCGCCCCUCCCUCAGCACCUCUGCAAAGUACUGUUCCAAAGGUCACACCGACGGACCUUGCGCGCCUCGACUGCGGCGUUCUCUGCCACACCUGGCAACCUCCUGUGGGACGCUCCCUUUUAUGUGUGUGCUCUUGGCCAAAUGCAUUUACUGCACUCUACGUCACGGGAACUGGUUCCUCGGACUGAGGCGGUUGUUCUCAAAGGACAGCAAAUUAUAUGUGCAGAAAACUAUGUGUGACUGAAGCUUUGACGUGGAAGAGACAGAGAGAGAAAAGAAAGAGAUAUUUAGAAAUCCCAUUACACGUAGUGUAUGUGCUCUGAGAAAGUCAGUAGGCUUUCCUUCGCCGAGAUUUCGCUGUGAAGUGUACAAGUAUACCUGUGGUUUUUCUUUUUGUUUCAUAAAAAAGAAGAGUUGUACAUAUUUGUAACUAACACGACAGGACCCUGCCCUGUGAAAAGGUCGAUUUAUUUUGAAAGAACGCCGGUCUUCAAACUUAUGUACCGUCUUCUGCUAUAGACUUUAGCGUAUGACUUUAUGCAUGUGGGUUAAGAAGAGUCCUACGCAUUACGCGAUAGUGAGACAUUAGACAUGUGUCGAAGCGUUGCUAAUGGUUGUUUUAGAGGUGCGAUAAUUUUUGUGAAAUUUCGAUAUGUCAUAUUUCGAUAUAUCCCUAAUAUAGGGUAUAUGUUAAAUUAAAAUCCAUUUAACUUAAGGCAGUCAUUCGAUCGCUGGUAAGCCUCACGCAUCCUGUCAUAUCUUGCUCUGUUUUGCGCUGAAACACUGCGAUUCUGACGCUAAAAGUUCUGUUCACCUUUUUUUACAUGCGAUUUCCAAUUCAAGUUCAUUUGCUAUAGUAUAAGAUCGGCGUACAACAAACGCGUUAGUGGGCAUUUUUACAAAUUUGAGUGUGCAGUACAGACCAGCUGCUAGUUUUCUCUGUGGCCCAGAAUGUAGUAUGCACCAUGUUGUGUUUGGGCAAUUAAUUUAAAACAUUAUGCCGUUACUGUGGGCAACUCUUGAGAUGGUGAGAGUGAAUGGCAAGUUCUUCGUACCGCCCCAGUCCUAUAGCGAGAAAAACGCAAUGUUAGCAAAACAUUGACUGCUCUCUCUCUCUUUCUCUUUUUCUAAAAAAAAGAAAAACGGACGACUGCUAUAUGUAGAAACUACCGGAUGCCCCAGUAAGACCUGCAAGGACAGGGUCACACGCUGACGGUAUUAUGGUAUUAUAGAC